CCAAGGCCCAAGGAGGAGACGUGAAGGAUGAGGAAGAAGAUCGAGGGCUGCCUGCAGCUCAUCAUCGGGCCCAUGUUCAGCGGCAAGAGCACGGAGCUCAUCCGCCGCAUCCACCGCUACCAGCACACCAAGCUCGAGUGCCUCGUGGUCAAGUACCUCUUCGACACGCGCCACUCGGAGGAGUUGCUGUCGACCCACGACAAGGUGUUCGUGGAGGCCAUGCCCGUGCAGACGCUGGCGGAGGUGCGGCCGUUCCUGGACCAGUUCGACGUGAUCGGCAUCGACGAGGGGCAGUUCUACCCGGACUUGGUCGACUUCUGCCAGGACGCGGCGAACAGGGGCAAGGUGGUGGUCGUCGCGGCGCUGGACGCGACGUUCGAGCGCAAAGCGUUCGACAACGUGGUGGAGCUGAUCCCGACGGCGGAGCAAGUCAUCAAACUCAAUGCCAUUUGCUCGUCGUGUGGCCAUGAUGCAGCUUUUACUCGCCGACUUGUGGCGGACAAGACGCUUGAGCUCAUCGGAGGCAUCGAAUUAUACCAGCCGCGUUGCCGCCAGUGCUUCAGCCUGGAUUAAAAAGUGCCCACCAGUAUUCUAUAGACGCCAUGCCAUGCAUUUACUUCGAAGUACAUGUUUGUUCCCCGUGGGCCGCGUAUGCAAGUCUGUUUGUCUGCUUCGCAAACAAUACUUAGUGCACGAGUCCAAAUACUACUGUACACG